CUCACCGUAUGUGUCGCAAAAAAAGCUUCGCUCUGUUAUCCUCCCCCUUCACCUGUUGUGAUAGGGUUUCGCGACACGGCUGCGCCGACGUUGCCGUGAGGAUGGCGCGGCUGCACGGAGGCGGCGUGGCUGCAUCGGGCGGCGCGAGAAGGGAUGGCGCGACAGCGACGAGGAGGCAGCACAGCUACGUCGGGCGGCGCGGGGAGGGAUGGCGCAGCUGCUAGGAGGCAAAGCGGUGAGAUUGUUCGGUUCGCGAGCUUGCCGACGAGGAGGUCCUCCCCUACAUCCCGGCCUGAGGCGGCCACGAGUGCUCGCGAGAGCUCGCCGACAACGAGGUUCUCGACUACACCAUCCCAUCAGUACCAGUGUACCACCACCGCGCCUCCAUUAUCAAUCGCCGCCACCGCCCGUCACCGAGGUCACCGUGCCUUUACUGCUAUGACUACUAAGGCUCCUCAUCCCCUGGUUCAUGCGCAGAUUAGUGAUAAAGAUGUCGUGACCUCAAUUGGUGAUGAUGGCGUGGUAGACAUUGAUUCCUCUGUUUCAUUGGAAACAACAUGUUAUGCAAUGAAAGAACUUGUUUCCAUGGGACUGGUGCACAUCAUUGGAAUCAGCUAACAGAAAUGCUAACAGAUUAAGGAAACUCAUGCACUCACAGCUGCGCACCAGUCAUCAAGCAAUACAAUUUGCAGAGCUUGGCUGAGAAGCACGGCAAGAUGUUGGCGCAGCUUGUCCUCCGGUGGGGUCUGUAGCGUGGUAUGGUGGUGAUCCCCAUGGCCUCCAAGGCACACUAAUACAUUAGCACACUACUUAACCUUCACUCAUUGGGACAUGUUUAGUUUCAAGUGGGAGCAAUUGCCAAGUGAGGACAGGAGCUUGCAUAUGUAUGUAACUGUAAUGUGAACAUGUCUAUCUUUUUAUCUCUCUUAAAGGGAGCAAUGCAAUCUAGUUAGAAAUGUAACUAUGUAUGUUUGCAAGAUUAAAAUAUUUGGAGUAUAUAGUGUUAACGUAUGCUCUUAUUAGUUCAUUCUCGAA